CGUGGAUGCAGUCCGACCACAGCUCACCUCUGGAACCCGGGGGGAGUCUGACAGCAAACGUAGCCCCCCCGUGUCUGGGGCUGGAAGCUUCAGGGGCUCGUGGUUAGACGACACGGAGAGAGUAGGGGGUGCUGAAAACCAGGGCAGAGGGCCCCAGAAGGCCUUGGACGGAAACGGGCAAGGAGGAAACUCAUUCCAACGAAUUAACAAAAAAGGACUCAGAGGCUUUGAGCGGGGCAAGGGCCUUCCAGCCGGGCCAAGGCCUGGGGAAGGCGGAUGAUGCUUCAGGUGAGGAAGAUGAGGUCGGUGGGGCCUGACCACGGAAGGCGGGCGGGACCUGUUCUGAGGGCCAUGCGAGCUCUCGAGGGUUUUAAAGGAAGUUACCUGUGAAUUUUAGAAAGAUCCUGGGAAGGGGAGGGGUGGAUAGGAAGGAAAGGAGGCUGGGAAGCCAGUGAAGAAACUGUCACAGUGUCCGUGACAAAAGCUCAGAACGUCCUGUGAAAAACAGUGGCGGUUCCUCAGAAAAUUAAAUGUAGAGCUACCAUAUGACCCAGCAAUCCCACUUCUGGAUAUGGUCCCAAAAGAAUUGAAAGCAGGGUCAUGAAGAGAUAUCUGUACACCCAUGUGCAUAGCAGUUACUCACAAUAGCUAAAAGGUGGAAGCAGCCCAAGUGUCCACGGACAGAUGAAAGGAAGAACAAAAUGUGGUCCAUCCGUACAGUGGAAUAUCAUUCAGUCCUAAAAAAGGAAGAAAGGAAAGUGUGGCACGUGCCACCACACAGAUGAACCCUGAGGACGUUAUGCUGAGUGAAAUACGCCAGUCGGAAGACAUACCGUAUGAUUCCACUUAUGUAAAGCCUCCAAAGUCGUCAAAUUCACAGAAACAGAAAAGAAUGAAAACACACCGGUUCAUUUACUACGCCGACACCGGCUGGGCUGUGGGGGCCGAGGAGUCCGACUUUGAAGGCUGGGCCUUCCCCUUCCCAGGCGUGACACUGAUCGAGGACUUUGUGACCCCGGUGGAAGAAGCUGAGAUGGUACGGCUGAUGGACCGCGACCCCUGGAAGCUCUCACAGUCCGGGCGGAGGAAGCAGGACUACGGCCCCAAAGUCAACUUUCGGAAACAGAAGCUAAAGACCGCCGGCUUCCGGGGCCUCCCCAGCUUCAGCCGGGAGGUGGUGCGGAGAAUGGGCCUCUACCCCGUCCUGGAGGACUUCCGGCCCGUGGAGCAGUGUAACCUGGACUACUGCCCGGAGCGGGGCUCGGCCAUCGACCCCCAUCUGGACGACACCUGGCUGUGGGGGGAGCGGCUGGUGAGCCUCAACCUGCUGUCCCCCACUGUGCUGUCCAUGUCCCGGGAGGCGCCCGGCAGCCUGCUGCUCUGCCUGGCCCCGUCCGGCUUCCCGCAGGCCCUGGUGGAAGGCGCGACGGCCCCCGGCAGGUCUGUCCCGUGCCGGGAGGUGGAGGUGGCUGUCCCCUUGCCCCGCCGCGCUCUGCUGGUGCUCACGCGAGCCGCGCGGCACCAGUGGAAGCAUGCCAUCCACCGCAGGCACAUCGGGGCCCGCCGCGUGAGCGCCACCUUCAGGGAGCUGUCAGCCGAGUUUGGCCCCAGCGGGAGGCAGCGGGAACUGGGGCAGGAGCUCCUGCAAACCUCGCUCUCCUUUCAGGGGAGACCCACGUGAGCCGCCUCCCCGGGGACGGGAGCUGGCGCCAGAGUGGACCAUUAGCCGGCAUUGAAGGGGGCGCCCAGCCCGAGGGUCUUUCUCAGGUCUUAAGAGGAGACUGCUUGACACCCCGGUGCCCGGCAGCGCGAGCCCUGUCCGCGAGCUGGCUCGACGGGAACGGGCCUCAAGUCGGUCCCCUUUGACCUGCGCCGCGGCCACUUGCCUGGGUUGUUUAGUUUGUCACAGCUUGAGGGCAGUGGCAUACUUUGAGCUUAAAAAUCGUUGGUACCACUUCAGGUCAUUUUCUCCUUUAUCUGUCUCUCUUAACAAGGUUGCCCGAUGUCCCAGCC